GCGCAGAGGAGCGCACGGUGUAUUCUGUAUAGUUUAUAUAUAAAUUCUGUUUGUUUGUUUUUUUCUGCGUGUUUCUUCUUGUUUUUUUGUGCAUUUUCCGCGUGUUUAAGACACGGGACACGGUCACUCUUCAGCCUCACGGACGCGCCGCUGUUGGACUUCAGGAAAAGUGAAAUAUUUUCCAGGAUGACGCGUCACGGGAAAAACUGCACGGCCGGGGCGGUUUACACGUACCACGAGAAGAAGAAGGACACGGCGGCGUCGGGAUACGGCACCCAGAGCGUCCGCCUCGGAAAGGACGCCAUCAAGGACUUCGACUGCUGCUGCCUGUCGCUGCAGCCGUGCAAGAACCCCGUGGUGACGCGCGACGGCUUCCUGUACGAGAAACAGGCCAUACUCGAGUACAUCCUGCACCAGAAGAACGACAUCGCCAAGAAGAUGAAGGCCUACGAGAAACAGAAGCAGGCGCAGAGGAGCACGGACCAGAGCGAGUCCAAGAGCGUGGAGAAGGAGAAGAUGGAGAAGUUCAAGACCAAUGAGAGCAACAUCGUGUCCAAACCCAUCAACCCGUUCACCUCUCGGGACGAGCAGAAGGCGGCGGGUGCGGCAGGGGCGGCAGGUGCGGCGGGUGCGGCAGGUGCGGCGGGGGCGGCGGGGGAGGUGGCGGUCGCCGGCUCCAGCAAAGCUCUGCCCAGUUUUUGGAUCCCGUCUCUGACUCCCGAAGCCAAACCGACGUUACUGAAGAAGCCGAGUAAAACGGUGCUGUGCCCGAUGUCGGGGCGUCCGCUGCGCAUGAACGACCUGGUGGACGUGCGCUUCACGCCGCUCGACCCGUCGCUCGACCGCGUCAAACUGCUGAGUCGACAGGAGCGUUACGUGUGCGCCGUGACCCGAGACGUGCUGGGGAACAGCGUGCCCUGCGCCGUGCUCCGCCCCUCCGGCGCCGUGGUGACGCAGGAGUGUGUGGAGAAGCUCAUCAAGAAGGACAUGACCGACCCGGUGAGCGGCGACGCCCUCGCCCACAGUGACAUCAUCUACCUGCAGCGAGGAGGCACCGGCUUCGCUGGCUCAGGCGUCGACCUCAGGGCCAAAGAGGCGCGGCCCGUCAUGCAGGCGUAGAACCCACAACCCGCCGCCGACAGGGGCCGACAGGGGCCGACAGGGGCCGACAGGGCCUCUGCAGCUUUCAAAAAGGACAUAUUUUCUGUCAAUUCUGAAAUAUUCUCACAUUCUAAUUUUAUCUCAGAACAGAAGUUUUACACACAGUGUGAAGUGUCACUGUGGAACUUCAGGGUCAUGUUUUUCUCUGUAUGUGUGUGUAAAUGUGUGUGUAAGGGUGUGUGUUUAAAUAUGUGUGUGUAAGGGUGUGUGUUUAAAUAUGUGUGUGUAAAUGUGUGUAAGGGUGUGUGUUUAAAUAUGUGUGUGUAAAUGUGUGUCUUGGUUGAAGAUUUGGUGGAGCAGAUUUAUGAAGCUGUUGGAGAAGACGACACAUUUACACAUUUAGACAGAAACAUGACCUUGAAGUUCCUUAAACCUACAGCGAGACACUUCACACUGUGUGUAAAAGUUCUUUCCUUCUGUCGUCUUUAAACACGUUUGACUCGUCAGUGGCGCCCCCUGUGGUCAGUCAGUGUGUUUACGUCUCAGGUUGUGGGUUCUACUGCCGCCUGCUCCGUUAGAAAACAUUCAAUUCUGUUUAUUAUUGAACACGUCACGUCUUUACAGGUGCAAAUGUAAAUGUAAUUUUUAUUUUUAUUUUUUAAAUAAAAGGAGUGAGAUUUUCACAUGAA